AUGUCAAUUCCCCCUCUCACCGCGUCAUGUCCUCGAAAUCUCAGCUUCCGACAAUAUGUCGACAUCCAUACAUCCUCCGCUGAGGCCAAUGUGUCAGGAAACCAGGGGUCAAAUGAGCCUCAAAGCUCUCAAAUGUGGCAUUCGCCGUUCUCGCUCACCUCACGCGACACAGCCCUCACCUUCAUCCCGCCCAAGCACCUCUGGUCCCGCCUCGACCACCUGCGAGCCCUCUACGACAAAGCCUACCCCGAAUGGCCGCCCCACAUCAACCUCGUGUACCCCUUCGUCAAGCCCGAGGAGCUGGCCGUGAAGCUGAUCGAGGUGGGCGUGUUUCCGCACAAACGAGAUAACACCAUCUACCUGUGCGACGGAGACGCAGACAGACGGGAAUCGCUGGAUGGCCUAAGGAGGACGGUGCUGGAUUCGUUGGGCGUAGAGGGGGUGUCGGAGACGGGUAAGGGGUAUAAGAUGCACCUCACGAUGGCGCAGACUGAGGAUGUGCACUCUGCUGCGCAUCGGUUUCUGGUCGACAAGAUUGGGUUGGUGCCCGCUGUCGAGUGGACUGCUGGAGAACUGGCUGUGUUGGUUAGGGAGCGGGCUGCGCAUGGCGGGAGUGCGAUGCGCUUGUGGGGGACGGUUGGGCUCGAGGAUGGGAGGAUCGAAAGGUUGGAGCGGGUGGGAGUGUUUUACCAGGGAGUGAUGGACAAGUUGAAAGACGAGGAAGAGGAGGUCGGGGAGAUGGCCGAGAAGGACCAGCUGCUGAGUGGCCUGCCGUACUACUACGAGGAGGAGACGCAGCGGUGGGUGCCGUUUCGGCCCUCGGGGUUGGAGACGGAGGAGGAGGAAGAAGAGAGGUCGGCGUUGGUCGUGGCGAGCUACAAUGUCUUGGCCGAGUUCGAGUGGCCGCCUUCGGAUGCACGGUAUCCGCUGGUGGUGAAGAACAUACUCGCCGAGAACGCGGCGGCUGACGUGCUAGUGCUGCAGGAGGUCACAGACGGGUUCCUGUCCUACCUCCUUUCCAAUGAGCAGAUUCGCGACGCCUACCCAUUUUGCUCCCACGGCCCCCCCGAUCAAGACGACAUUGAACCGCUGCCGAGUUUUCUCAACAUCGUUGUCCUUAGCAAGAUCGUCUUCGACUGGGAAUAUGUCUCGUUCCACCGGAAGCACAAGGGCUCUGUUGUUGCCAGGUUUAAGCACAUCGGCCGGCCCGAGGGCGACAAACUCCUCCCUGUCAUCCUCACCUCGGUCCACCUCAGCCAUGGCCUCACCGAUGGAGCGGUGGCCGCCAAAAUGACGGACAUCAAGCAAAUCACCAGAUACUUGUCUGAGACGUACCCCGGGCACCCGUGGAUCUUGGCUGGCGAUUUCAACAUGACGACGUCGUCUGUCUCGAUCGACGCUGCUCUCAGAAACAAGACCAUCUCGGACUUGACAGCCAGACACCUGGCGAAAUUGGACGAACUGUUCACCGAGGCGAAAUUGGUUGACGCUUGGAGGACUUCCAUAGCGGCUGGAAACGAGUCAGACGACGACCAUCUCGCCGCGGGAGAACAAGGAGCCACAUGGGAUCCUACUGCCAACGUCAUGGCAGCUGCCAUGACCGCCGCCGGCGGCAACACGCGGCCCCAGCGGUACGACCGUAUACUAGUGCGCGGCGAAAGUCUCCUGGAAGCCUCAAAGUUCAACAUGUUCGGCUUCCUGGCAGAACAGGGACAGGAAUCCCAGACGUUCGCCAGUGAUCACUGGGGUGUCAGAUGCAUCAUGAAGAUAGGAGGGUUCAGUAACAAAGCCGACCAGCCAUCUAAGGAGGUUGCCAACCUCAUUGUCCCGGUUCAUCUGGAGAAAGCCUCACCGACCCUGGCUCAGCCAGGCCGCGUCGAGACGGCUUUGCUUCAGCUCGGAGUCAUCCCGAGCGACGAAGAGGCUGCUAAGCGGAAGGAGGCGAUGGAUCUUUUGAGGAGCGUCAUUUUGGAUACAUCUGCAGCUGAUACAACAGGGAGAGCACAGCCAGCGGUGGUCAUCGUUCCGGUUGGCUCUUACGCCCUCGACGUCUGGACGUCUUCCUCGGAUAUCGAUGUUCUGUGCGUCGGUCCCUUCAGCGCAAGCACUUUCUUUGCCCUAGCUUCCCAGCGCCUGCGCAAGGCCGCGGCUCAAGGCGUCAAAAUUCUCCGCCGGGUCAGAGCACAAACAGGCACCAUGCUCGAACUCGAAGUCCAGGGCAUCAAGAUGGAUCUGCAAUACUGCCCCGCCACGUCAGUUGCCGAGCGCUGGCCCGAUGUCCUUCGCACACCUCCUUCCGACCCAGUCUGGUACCUUUCCGCACAAACUCUUUCCAAGCUCAAAGCGAUCCGUGACUUCGACUACCUGCGCCGCUCUCUCCAAGACCUACCCACCUUCCGCUUGGCCCACCGCUUCAUCAAAGCCUGGGCCAACGGUAUCCAGAUCUCCAUCCUCGUCGCCCGCGUCCACAAGCUUCUCACCCACCAACCCGGUGAGUCCAUCUCACCCGAAGACCUCCUCACGACCUUCUUCAACCACUAUGCCAAAUUCCCUUGGUCGACCCACCUGGCCUUCGACCCCUUCUUCCACCGCACCCGUCUCCCCUACACCCGCACCCCACGCGAACCGCUCGCCAUCCUAGGCUAUUUCCCUCCGUCCCUCAACACCGCCCUCGCCGCCUCCGUACCCUCCACAAGGACUCUCGCAUCCGAGUUCCUCCGAGCCAGCGAAUCCCUCGCCGCCGCCCCGUCGUGGGAAGCCUUCCUCUCCGCAUCCACCUGCAAUGCAACAACCGACUUCCUGGCCGCCCAUAAGUCCUACGCCAAGAUCGACGUGCAGUACUGGGGCCUGUCCCUCUCCCGCGGCGCCCAGUUCCUCGGCUGGGUCGAGUCGCGGUGCGUCAUGCUGCUCGUGGACCUGCACCGACGCGCUCCGGGCCUGUUUGUGCGCAUGUGGCCGGCGCGGUUCGUCGAGCGGCAGCAGCUUGUUGGUCUGGCUCAUUCAGAUCAGCAGCAGCAGGAGGAGGAGGAGAAGGAGGAGAGAGAUUUCAGGGGGUGUUAUCUCGUCGGUCUGGACAAGGGACGCCCGGAUAUGCGCAAGGAGGACCUCAAGAUGGCGCUUGGGGCCCUGCAGACUGCACUGGGCCGGUUCGAGGCGCAGAUAAGGGGCGAUGUGCGGUACUUUGACUCGCGGAGCUGUUGGCUGAGUGCUGCCGUGGUGAACAGGGCCGAGCUGGGGCAGUUAAAGGUGGACAGGAGGGAAUGGGGGGAGUGUACACCCGGGGAUGAGGAGUUGGAUGAAGAAGAAGAAUUGACGGGAUGGUGCGGAGCCGACGAGGAAAACGCCGAGUUUACCGUCACCGGUAACGACGACGACAAGAAGAAGAAGGGUGCGGGCAGGAGGCCGAUCGCUGCCGUCGAUCUCCGGCCGGAUAAGACCAAGAAGUUCCGCACUGCGGCCGACGCCAUGAACCGCAUCCGCUGGGAUCCGCAGCUGGACAGCAGCGACUAUGUGGUCGGGUACGAGGACCGGUUUUUGGGAGUCCAAGAGAAGGAGCUGGAAGCGUGGAAAAGCGAGCAGACGGACGAGGAGUUCAUCCCUCAGCAUCGGAUCCUCUACUUUCGGCGCAAGAGCGACGGGAGGACGAUGUGGGAUCGGCGGACGCGAUUUGAUGAAUUAUUUGGUAACGGGUCUUGAAGUCUGUUGCUCAGUCCAUCAAUAGUCGGAUGU